AUGAACAUCAAUUCAAGUUGUUUCUCAACGGAUUUGCUUAACAUCAAACAAAAUUUAAAUACUGAUAUUUUAAAUUGCCUAUCCUGGCCUUUCUGGAAUAAAUCUUAUUUACAAGAGCUUGCCUCGUAUGUUUUCAUUUGCAUACUAGUGUUUUCGAACGGUGUUUUAUCCGCUGCUUAUUCCCACUUAAGUGGUCUCAUCAUAGCUGAAACAAUCUUUAUCUUCAUGGCGCUCGCAGUGUACAUGGUUGACUCUCUGCUCACUUUGAAGAUCUUUUCAGCUGGACAUUACUAUGAAUAA